AUGACGGUCGUAUUUUGCAACUCCGUUAACAUUUAUGCAGGAAUAAACGGUUUGGAAGUGGGUCAAGCUAUCGUGAUAGCGAUCAUUUUAUUUUUGAAUAAUCUGCUGUUUUUAAUUUCAAUGCCACAAAUAUUCAAUUUCAUCGUUAGUAUUCCACAACUAAUAGGCAUAAUUCACUGUCCAAUACAUCGUAUACCUCUGAUUAACAAAAAAACUAACUGUCUUGAACCGUCUAACAAUCAAACUUUGAUUAAUUACUGGCUUCGAAUAAGAUCUCAUUUGAGCGAAUUACAGCUAUUUCGUGAACUAAUGGUAUUACAAUGCGUCACUGGUGCAUUGGGUUUAUACAUUUACCAUAAACAGGCAAGUUAA